AUGUCUGCUGUGAAAAUGAAACAAAGGGGGAUGGGAAUGGACCUUGCUGCAUCGGUAUUGUGUAUCAUCAUGUACAUUGAUUCUCAUAAAGUGGAGUCCAGAAGCCUGAGAAAUAAAAGAGCAAUGACGAGUGCAACACGGCAGUUAAUCCAUUAUUUCGGAUACAGCCAAGCCACAGCUCUUCUAAACUAUGGAUGUUUUUGUGGAUUGUAUGGUAGUGGUACACCAGUUGAUGGCGUUGAUCAGUGUUGCAAAGACCACGAUGAUUGCUAUGGUCGUGUGGCUGAAUGUUGGCCUAAACUGUGGCCAUACUCAUAUGAAUUUCAAAACAGAACAGUCAAAUGUCAAGAUAGUCCCAGUUACUGUAGUGGGAGAAUAUGUAUGUGUGACAAAGUUUUUGUGGACUGUCUUCAUAACAACAAGUAUAAUCCGGACAAUUAUGAUAUAGACCAAUAUAAACAUUGUCAGAAGAGUUAA